CUUUCUCUCUCUAAUACUUUUUAUCACUUCCUUUAGAAACCGUGCAAGCUUUAUGAUGUAGUGUGACGAAUCUGUAUACUGUAUGUGAUGAUUUCUUUUAUACAAACACUCAUUUAUAUAUUAUAGAUGCAUAAUCUUUAUUCCACUCACUGCCCCAUCAUUCCUUAAUACAUACCGAGAACACAACACGACAUACAUUCAAUCAGAUGCAUACAUUGAGCCUAUUGCAUGUGUAUACAAAAUCACAAACACGUCUAUACAAGCUUCUCGAUUCAUCUUUACACGUGAUAGUUGUGUAAAUAGACAAGUGGGGGGAAAACGAGACAGAGAAUAGAAGGUACAUAUUUCUUUCUUAAUCUCAUUAAGAUCAUUAUGAUCACAUACAUAUGACGCAAGGUGCUUCAAUUUUCUAAAAGCUUAUGACAACAAAGUCAGGACAACCGUUUAGCCUUCUGUUUUGCCUCUGUCAAUUUGUCUAACGAUCUAUCAAUCAUAUAUAACUAGAUCAUUUUUAUAUUUAUAUAUAACUAUAUUUCUUCCUCCCAUAAUUAUAUAUAUACAUAUAUAUGUAGAUACACACAAACCAAUUUAUAUCUUUCCCUGUAGCUGCUUAAAUAUAUACGUACGCAACUUUCCCUCCACUUAAUAUAUAUGAAGUGACUUCCUUACUACAAAGGUUAUAGGGUUGUUUUUUUUUUGUUUUGUUUUGUGUUUAAGAAACAGUCAAGAUCUGCGAUGUUUGUAUUGUAGAUCUGGCAAAACAACACGACCAAACUACUUGCAGCAUUCUGUAAAUUCUUCGGUAGAGCUUACGAAAUGAAGUUGAUAUCAGGAAAUAUGACUCUCAGUCACUUAAGUCAUCUGCUGCCAUUUGCUAUAGCGAGAAAACAAAAAAGGUUAUUGAAAUUAUCUAUAAAUAUAUAGUGCAAAAAAAGAACUAAGUCUACACUAACAAUCGCAUAUAAAUAAUUUGUAUGUACAUAAUAACAGUCAUAGGUGAAUAAAUGCAUGUAAAACAGCAGCGGGUCUUUCAUAAGCGGAACCUCUAAAGCUAUUAAAAAAACUUGCGUAUAAAAGAUUCAAUCUUUUAAUAUAAUUUAUAUCGGUGUAUAUGUAUAUGUAUAUUUAUUUAUUUAUAAGAGGAGGAGGAAAAGGUUAUUUUUUAAACUAGUGCAAUUAAAUUUGAGCUGAGUAAUGUUGUGUUUAACAACAGCUGACUGCAGCUUCUAACACACACACUCAAGCUUUCACUUCUGUGUGUGUGUGUGUAUAUAUAUAUAUAUUAUAUAUAUAUAUAUAUAUUAUAUAAUAUAUAUAUAUGUUUGUACCUAUGCUUGUAUAUAUUGUCGUCCCUUUUGAAAAGUGGAAAUAAGAGAGCCUUGCAUUUUACAAACAUUGAAAGAAACCAGUUUUAUUUUAUAAGCCGGAAACUAAUUAACUGUUUUAGUGGGACAGAAAAUGGAAAAUAAAGCUAAUAAUACAGAUUGUGAUUAUUUAACAUGUGGGCGUUGCCUGCGAGAAUUCCCACUGCAGAAUAUUACCAACUUCAUUCAUCAUAAGAAGAAUGACUGUGAUGCUGACACGGGGGAUAAAUCAAAGAAUUCAGAUGCACUUGGUCGCCAGUUAUACUGUUCCUCAUGCACCAAGGCUUUCUUGUCUGCAUGGGAGAUGCUACAACAUGCACAGUUCACCCACAAAUUCAAAAUAUUUUUCGAUGUCAACCAGCAAGUCUGUGAGAGCCGCACUGGUGUUACUACCCUCAGUGUGACCAGCAAGAAUAUCUCUCUCGAAAAGGAGAACAAAGAAGUCGAAGAGACUGUUCUACCAGAAGUUAUCUCACUCAAACAAGAAGUAACUGAUGAAGAGCUAUCAGAAAACACAUCUUUAAGUCUGUUUCCGAGCAAAGGCAGCAGCAGCAGCAACAACAACAACAACAGCAACAACAGUAGCAACAACAACACCAACAAAAAACAAGGAGACUGUUCUGUCAGCUCACAAGAAAUGCAAUGUUGCAGUUCAGUACUUCCCAAAAAGCGAAAACAACACAUUGAGACAUCACAUCACAUAGCAGAAGGGGCCUUCAAAGAGAGGAGUAUUCACAGAAAUGAUAGCAGUUUGAGAAUUGGUCGUAAAAGAAUGUUCAGCGGUGCCCAAUAUUACUUGAGUCGCAGUCAACUUGGCUAUGGGAAAUAUUCUCAUAGCAGAGGUUUUGGUGGUGUCAACCGAAUUCAAACUGUUUCAAAGAACCGGAAGUACCCAAGUGAGAUUUAUAUAGAUGUUGAACAUGAGAACGAGAACCAGGAUUUGAUCGAUUCCCAUGAUUCAAAUCACAGCGAAAGUGGUACCUCGUGCCACAAAGACCCUUUUGUAGAAACAUCUACCAGCAAAAGCUGUCGGACCAGAGAAAUCAACGCUGAUAACCUUGUUAGUAGUAGCAGAUCAUUUAUUCUUCAGCCAGGCACCGUGUUUUCUAUUCCUUUCUCUUACCCUGUCCAUAGUGAACCAUCUUCAGGUUCCAAUACUUCAUGCCCAACCAUUUACACAACAGGCUUGAGUGACAGUAAUAGCCAAAAACAGAGCAACUCAUCAACAGAUGGUAGCACUGUUUCAGCAACAUCCAAAGUGUCCAGUUGCAACAACAUUCCAACAAUAAAACCAUCCUCUUCUCUCAGCAAGAACAAGUCAACCACAUUGUCUUCUCUUCUCAUCAAAUCACCAACUUCUGACAAACAAGCACAACAAUCAGAGAUUCUGAUUGGUCAGCGAUCUCUCUCUCGUAACCGUCCACUGACAACACGUUCUUGUUCACCCAAAUCAGACAACAGCAAUCUUCAACAGGCUAAGGAAAACCAACUUAGUCUUGAUCAACGUGCCCGCAAACGCAAAUACCCCACGUCACGGCCUUUCAAAUGUGAUCAAUGUGACCAUGCCUUUAAUCAAAGAAUUCAUCUGAAAAAACAUCUCAGUAAGCACACAGGUGUGAAGCCAUUCAAAUGUGGUCAAUGUGAUUAUUCAACUGUAGAACGAAGUCAUCUUAAAGUUCACAUUCGCAUUCACACAGGUGAGAAACCUUUCAAAUGUACUUUCUGUGAAUAUGCCACUGCACAGAACAGCACGCUGAAGAUCCACUUGAAGCGUCAUCACGGAGGCCUUUUAUUUAGUUGUCAAAGAUGCGGAAAGAAAUUUACUGGAAAAGACUCUCUGACAAACCAUCUAUCGGAACACAACUCUCAAGUUCUCUCCAACCACACUUUGUCAUCAGAAACAUCUGAUUCACUCAAAGAACAAGACAGAGGGAAGAUUAGUUAGAAACUAACCAAUCAUGUCUGUUUUCCUCCCGUCAGUUAAUGAUUUCACAAAAGAAAGUUUGAUAAAUCUGCAACUUCAUUGUAUUGAUAUCAAAACAACUCUCUUGAAAAAUAUGGUUAAAUAUGCAAUCAGCUUUUUUUUUAAAAUUUUUCUAAUGUUUACUAAAUCUAUGAGAUAAAAUAUUGAAGAAGAAAAACAAAAUAUAUUCAUAUAUAUAUAUUUAUAUAUAUAUAUACAUGUUUAUGUAUGUAUUGCAUAUUGAUGUAUUAUAAAUCAGAAUUCAGAUACUGAAAAAAAAGAGACGUUGGUAAAAUAUUAUGCUACUAAUCUGAAAAUGAAAGAAGAAAAUGAAAUGAAUGAAGAACAAUAAAAAUAAAUACAAAAGAUUAAAUCGUUUGUGGGGAUAGUCUCAGCCUCAGAGACUAGAAACAAUUGUUAAAUCUGCUUUCAUCAUCAUACGACAACCAACCAAUGAAUUAUUGGUUUAAAUAUACUUUGUUCAAAAUAUAUAUUUAUACACACACGAGCAUGAACACACACACACACGUGCGCGCAUACACACACAAACUGUUUACUAAAUGCAUAUUGGUUAUGUAUUGGAUUUUCUAUCAAUGGUUAAAUAUGCUUGUUCAUUAAUAUGCUGUCAGUUUACAAAGUGGAAAAAAAAUAAUAAUUAUAAUAAUAAUAUGAUUAUUAUUGGAUGCAAACCAAGAUCAUGUUUUUUUUUUUUUGAGAGGUAUAAAAGAAAAAAACCAAGGGUCUCAGUUUUUGAUAAUUGCAUUGAUGACUUCAGGGAUAAACUAUGUUUUAAUUUUCUCAGGGGAUUUCAUAUGAUGGAUUGCAAGAUACUUUAAAAAGAAAACAAUAAAACUACACGCACACACACACAC